AUCAGUAAUACUUAGAAGGCAAUUGUCAAAUCUUAUCGAUUUUGUUUAUCUAAACUUUAUUGAAAAUUCUGGCAAUAUGAACUACAUGAUUGGCAGAGCCAUUUUAACUCCAAAUAAUAACCAAAUCUCUGACCUGAUUAUGAAUGGCUUCCAGGUGAAGUUUACAUGUAUUACAGUGCAGACUCUGUAG